UGAUCUCAGUAGAAAGAAGUCCGUGCAUUAAAUUUAUUGUGAAUUUAUAAAUUCUAAAAUGUUAUUAUGUUAUAAUUAAUACUUUGUAUAACAUUGUAAUAUUUCUACGUUGAUAUUUAAUAAUAGAUCGGGCGAUAAAAUCAUCGAAACUUAGUUGGUACGUUAUGCUAUUUUUUUUUGAGUUAAUUAGUACGUUUAUACGAUGACGUUAAAACAGUUUGAAAUGAAAUCGUUUUAAUAUGUAUUAAAACGGUUAAGCUUAAUAUCGAUUACAACCGUUCGUAAUAUAUCCAUAUCCAUAUUAAAUCGGUUUAGUGUACGAACAUUUUGUAAACCGAUUUAAAUUUAAUUGUUUCUUACAUGACUUAAAUUUUGUUCCAAGAGAUACAAUAAUAUUUAUCUGAGAAAUUGAUAGUAUACUCUGUGAUUGUAAUUUUGAAUCAUGUUUAUGAACUUACUUUACUUUAUGGAUAAUAUUAUAAUUUAAUGAAUACCUUAAAUGAUUAUUUAUUCUCGUUUAUUACAAAAUAUUUCACUUAUUUUUCUUUAUUACGAAAUCGAGAUUAAAAAUACGCGUAAUGCUAUUAACCCGUAAUAAUAAUAACGAUCGAUAAUUUCUUAAGUUAUCUAACGCGAGCAUUUUAAUUUUGAAAACGGUUUGAUGUUUUCAAACCGAUUUAAAGUGUUUACACGAUAAGAAUAAGUUUUAAUUUCAAACCGUUUUGAGGCCAUCGUGUAACCGUACUAAAUGUUAUGUAGAAUAUAUGAAUAAACAUUAAACUUUGGUCUUGACCAGUGUACGCCAGAAACUCUACAGAAUGGCGAAACGUAAUCGCCGUGACGAAACCAUGGAACAUCUGUGCACCAACAAAAAUAAUGAAGAUGCCGGAUAUUCGGGAUGCAAAGAGACUGCCGUUAAAACGACGGGUGGAAUCAGUAACGCAGAAACCGGCGAGUCUUCGGAUUGGGAGGAGUUCGUCGAAGAGAAGUUUAUACACGUCGUCUUAGACAGUGUUGAAGAUACGGCUACCAUCAAUGUAAACAGCAGUGUCCAGGUGAAAGCCUUGGAGACCGAUUCUCCCAUAUUAGAGAUCGACAAUAAGGUACCUAUUUACAAUUUUUUUUUCUCAUUAUUAAUUUAGGUACAUAAAUAUUUCCAUUUUUUUAUUUGGAUAAUUUAUGUUUAUAGAUUUUUCAUUUUAACGAAUGGAAGUAUAUACCAGGUACAGCCAUGUUUUUUGAACAAAAGAGUGAAGUGAAAACAAUUGAUCCAUUAUACGAUAAUAGAUGUGGAAUUGAUUUAGAAUAUAUCGGAUCUACUCGCAAGUGCUUAGAAAUGACGAAAAAAGAAACUGUUUUGUAAUGCAUCAAGUUAGUAACCAAUAGUUAUCAAUAGUAUCUUCAUAAAUAUUUUUAUUUAAUACUUAAGUUGAUAUGUAAUAUUCUCAUUUAAUUUGUAUACUAUGUAUAAAUAUAAUAUUUUAUAACUAAAUAAUUGUGAAGAAUACUUUAAUUGUAUUAUAAUAUUUUAAUUUUGACUUUUUAUUAGGUAUACAUAUUAAAAAUGUAUACUCAGAAUAAUUCUUACUACAUUUUAUAAUUAUUUUUACUUUUUUAGUUGAAACUAUUUUGUGUUAUAAGGAGUGGUUUUAGUACUUAUAAAUACAUAAUAUUGAACUUUGAUUAGAGUAAUUUGCUUUAUUAAUUAAAAAUCUUUUUAGUACAAUACUUAUUUUAUUCAGGGGCAUAUUUUAGGAGGAGGAAGCGUUUACCCCCAUUGAUCUUAAUUUAUGUAACUGUUUAAUAUUGUAGUAUAUUGAUUUUAAAUAGGUGUG